GGGGCUGCGGCCGCUUCUCUGUGGUUUGUGGUGUCGGUCCUGCCCCGCGUGGGGGACAGCCGGCCAGACCCGCGGACCUACCCCUGCGGACCACCGGGGGGGCGGGGGAUGCCGGGCUGCCGCAUCAGCGCCUGCGGCCCGGGGGCCCAGGAAGGGUCGGCCGAACCGGGGUCCCCGCCGCCGCCGCCGCCCCGGGAGUCCCUGUCGUCCCCUCAGCCCCCGUCCCCAACUCCGACCUUGACCCCGACCCCGGCCCGGGCCUCACCGCAGCCCGAAACAGCCCAGGAGUCGGCGGGCUCGGCCGAGGGGCAGGAGCUGCAGCGCUGGCGCCAGGGCGCUAGCGGGGGCGCGGGCGGCGGCCCUGGCGCGGCGGCGGCGGCGGCGGCGGGGGGCCGCGCGCUGGAGCUGGCCGAAGCGCGGCGGCGACUGCUGGAGGUGGAGGGCCGCCGGCGCCUGGUGUCGGAGCUGGAGAGCCGCGUGCUGCAGCUGCACCGCGUCUUCCUGGCGGCCGAGCUGCGCCUGGCGCACCGCGCCGAGAGCCUGGGCCGCCUAGGCGGCGGCGUGGCGCAGGCCGAGCUCUACCUGGCGGCGCACGGCUCGCGCCUCAAGAAGGGCUCGCGCCGUGGCCGCCGCGCCCGCCCGCCCGCGCUGCUCGCCUCGGCGCUGGGUCUGGGCGGCUGCGUGCCCUGGGGCGCCGGGCGCCUGCGGCGGGGCCACGGCCCGGAGCCCGACUCGCCCUUCCGCCGGAGCCCGCCCCGCGGCCCCGCCUCCCCCCAGCGCUGACCUCCGCGCCGGGACCCCUGGCCGCCCCGACCGGCCAUCGCCGAGGUGCAGACAGACGGAUUGCGGACGCCGGCUGGAUGCACGGCGUCACCGACGCGGAUGGACAGAUUGCCCGACCACAGGAAGAGACAGUCGGGGGGCCGAGGGCCCAGCGAAGAAGACUAAACUGAGCUCCUCCCAGCUCCUUAGAGCCUCGACUCUGGAUCUGACUCCUGGAUUCUGCUCAUUCCCUGGACGCCUCCUUCAGGAAGACUUCUCUAAUCAACCUUACACAAGCACAGCAGCCUCCUCAUUUCACAGGAAACCUUCACUUUACAGUGGCAAGGGGCUGGAUUCUGGGGAAGUUGCCUAUAGUAUGAAUUUCUUUAUAUAUGCCGUAUUCGACUUUGGCUUACACUGUACAACUGGAGAUGUUACGACAAGUCCUUGAGAUGCAAUCAGAUUAUUUGAGUGCAGCAAAGCUUUCCAAUGUGAAAGUGAAAAGGAUCUCUUUUAAACAUGUAGUCAUCAUUCUUAAACAAGUCGCAGCACAGCUGGGUUCCCCAUUUUGGUAGAUGCUGUUGCUUCUCAGUCUAACAGCGCCAGGAGGCCUGUUUGAGGGGAAACAUUGCUGUGAGCAGUUCCUCAGUUCCCCUCAUCCACCGUCCUUGCCCUUUUCAUGUGGGCGUAUGCCUGUGGCCCCUUAGAAAGAUAAUGGGCUGCUGGCUCCUGGGAAACACACCUCUUUCUCAGGAAGCGGUGUUGGCAACAAAAAAUUCUAAGUUUCGAAUGAAAAAAGGGAGCACAUUUAUUCAAAUAUCCUGAUAGUAGAGGGAAGGGGGCCACAUUGACUCACACAUAACCCAGAAGUUGUAGAAUUCUGCAAAAUGAAUGCAUAUUGAAUCAGUUCUCUGAUAUAUAUGUUCAGGAAGAAUAAAUCUCAGUGAUGUGAGACGAGCGUGUGUGGUUUUGAGGUUUACUCUGUGAGUGCCCUCACUGCCUUUCUUUUGUGUGUGUCUGUCAGGGCUCUUUAAGUUGGCCUUGUCUUGAGAAGCUUCUGUUAUGUUUCGUUUGGCAGUCUGGGCCUGUUGACUGAUUUGCAGACUGACUUCUCCCUUGACUUGGCUCCAAGUUGACCCUCUCCAGGAAGUCUUCCCCAAUUAAGGAUGUGAUGAGGAAGCUAGGGGAUGGGACUGCACGUGUGAGACUGUGUGACACGAAGGGGUGUGAGUGGUUUUGUGAUAACACAGCAGCAUGGUGAUCCGUGGAGGAUUGUGUGUGACCGUGCUGGUGAAUGGAUGGACCUGUCUGUCAGUCAGGGUCCCAGUAGGAGACAGAGCACACUCAGACUGGGCAGAGAUUUAAAAAGGGACUAUUUCCAAAGAUGUGGGCUGGGCUUAAGAAACUAACAA